AUGUGGCCCACGCCCAUCUCCACGCCUGUCGAGCAACCCGCAUCGCCGCAAUUUGGGCGUGGGAACAAGGACCCGAGCGCCGGCCUCCACCACCUCUGGCACCGCAAGCCCACGGAGCUUGUGGCCCGCCGCCAGCCCGACGAGGACGUGCUAUUCGAAGACGCGGGCGACUGCAGCUUCCCCCUCUUCCCUGAGGAGCCGCAAGUCCACAGCGGCUUCGCAGACAUGGCUACCGCCUCGCCCAUCGACAUCCAGACGCCCCCGCGCUAUGGCUCCAACUCACCCCAGAACCAGACGUCCAACCUGACGUCGGCUCUACGCCAGGCCGAGGCCCAGCCCGACAUGGCCACGACGCCCGGUCUGCUCAACCCGAACAACUUCGAGUUCAACAAUGGCCGCCCGAGCAUAGGCGAGCGCCACCCCUCCAUCAGCAUGCUCGGCUCUUCUUUCUACGGCAACAGCGGCGCCCGCCCCAUCACCAUGAAGGACCGUGGGCGUCGCGAAAGCACCAACAUGGGUAGCUUCGCAGGUGGCAUGAGCUGGGGCGGCCACUCGGUCGGGUCCUGGAUCCGCGACGAGUAA